UAUUAAUAGGUUGGGUGCCGCGCUGAUAUUAUGACUCUCGAAUUUGUUAAUAUGCGAUGCAUAUGGCGUCACUGGUCAUCGAUGACCCCUAUGACACCCAACGUGUUAAAUGACUUCAGUGUAUUUGAAUGCCUGUCCUUAAGUCAUUUUUGUUCAAUUGUUUUCUGAGCUACAUUCGGGUUGAAUGACGCACAUGAAUUGGAACAAAUUUUUCACCGGUACAAAGGACAAUGAUCAUCGAAACGAUAAAGAUGAAACGGAAUCGGAGGAUGAAGAAGACAUUACUGAUAGCAAUGCUACCGCAUCCACUGAUAAAAAGCCAUACUUUCUUGGAAUAGGUUUCCAUAAAUUUUCGUCUAAUCGUUUGUCAAAACGAUGCAUUAAAUUUGUCUUUAUAGUGCUCAACUCGGCAAUGUUUCUUGCAGGCAUUGUUGGUAGCGUUAUUUCGAUAUGGACACUUACAGACAAUUUAAUAAUGUCGAGAUUGAUCGGUCAACGUUUAUUCGUAACGACAUUACUGUUAAUAAGCUUAAUUGCUUCUUUCGUGUCGUUAUUUGGAAUUUUUGGCUUGCUUAAAAAACGAAGGAAUUUUCUAAACAUCUAUGCAUGGUGCUAUCUGUUGUUUCUAUGCGUCAUAUUUAUUAGCGCUAUAAUGAGUUUCUGGAUAUUUGAAGAGAUUAUCAGGAGGAUCCAUGCUGACAUGGUCUCCUCCAUCCGACGUUACGAUUCCUUGCCUUCAAGCAAGGAAGCUUGGGACAACACUCACAGAUAUUUGAAAUGUUGCGGAAUAAAUUCCUCGAAUGACUGGGCUAAAUAUUCCAUCGACAUUCCGAAAAGUUGUUGUUCUAGGAACAUCGAAGAAUGCUUACAGAUGACACUUGAUGUAUCCUAUAAAUCAGGAUGUCUGAAAAAUGCAGUUCUUUUACUGAAGUCUCACGUUCAUGCAAUCAGUAUAUCAACUGUGUUACUAUUUUUAAUUGCAUUAUUAAAUUUCCUUCUCGCGAUGUGUAUCCUUGCCAGAAUGAAUUGAAAAAAGAAAAAGAGAAUAAAGUCCUACAUUGCAUCCAAGUGUACAAGGAGACAUUUUGGUCAUUAAUGGAUAAGGGUUGGACGUAGUUCAAUCAGACGGUUUUCCAUCCAAUUACAGAUAUAUUAUAUCAUAGCAAACAUCGUGACUAUUUACAAUAAAUACAGUCGAUUAGAUUAUAUAAAUAAAA